CAAUCCAAGCCAAUCCAAUCCCCAAAGGCCGAAAGAACAAAAAAGGAAAAGUAAAACCCCGUUAAAAUCUUAGGCCUCGCCCAUUAUCUUCAAUCUCAACAAACAACAAUGAUGGCUGUUCUCGCCUCCUCCUCCUUACCCAAUUUCAAAACCCCCCAUUUCUCAUUGAAUAUUAUCCGGCGGCAAAGUUCUCCUCCUCCUUCUUCCUUAUUCAACAACCAACCUCAACCUCAACCUCUCCGCACAUGCUGUAGCAUAGCCCUGGAGCAGCAGCAGCCUUUUGAUAAAACCACCAACCCUCAGGCUCAGCCUCCCGGAGACAUGUUGCCCAAAAUCGACAAGAGUGGCAGGUUUUGCAGCCCGCGUGCCGCCAGAGAGCUCGCCCUCUCAAUUGCUUAUGCUGCUUGUUUAGAGGGCUCUGACCCUGUUCGCUUAUUUGACAAGCGAAUCAAUGCUCCUCGAGAGCCUGGCUAUGAAUUCCACAAGGAAUCCUUGUUGGAAUACAAUCACAUGAGUUUUGGAGGACCCCCUGUUACCGUACAGACGCUUGGUGAAGCUGAUGAGCUCACCCGCAUAUUUGACCGCCAAUCUGCUAUUGAAGCACAGGUCCUCGCUGCUCCUCCUAAAUUGGUCUACAGCAAACUCAUUUUGCGAUUUACGAGGAAACUUUUAGUUGCAGUCACCGACAGAUGGGAUACUCAUGUCCUUGUCAUUGACAAAGUUGCCCCUCCAAAUUGGAAGAAUGAGCCAGCGGGCAGAAUCUUGGAGCUUUGUAUUCUUCACUUAGCAAUGUCGGAAAUUACAGUGCUGGGAACACGACAUCAAAUUGUGAUCAAUGAGGCUAUUGAUCUUGCUAAGCGUUUCUGCGAUGGAGCUGCACCUCGUAUCAUCAAUGGCUGUCUAAGAACAUUUCUCAAAGGUAGCAAUGAGACUGAUCUAGACCUACGAAGACAAACAGGAAGAGGUCGGUUGAUGCAGGAUAUGAUUGGUAGUUCGUAGUUGCUUUUUGUGGUUUUGGCUCUUGAAAUUCUCUCAUCGGUUAUUUGAUUGAAAAUUCCUGUCAGUUGGGAGAAUCAGUUUUGUUUAUAUUAUAAAUGUUGAAAAACCUUGAAGAAAAUUUGCUAUUAGUUUAUAUUUAUUAGAGGCUAUUAUUAAUAAUUUGGGAGGGAAUUUUGAAGGUGGGAUUUUAGGAUUGGGAAUCUGGAAGUAGUUGUAAACUUGUAAUGCUUUAGGGUGAUGUAUAUUCUAUAUGACGAUGCUGUAAACUUGCAAUUAGGACAUUCAAAUGAAAACUAUUCUUAUAAAA